GCUAUCAACAUGCAUCAGUCACCAAGAACUGAGCUUUGCCGGUAGAAGCUAAUGAAUGUGUUUACACGUGUCGAAAAAUUAAAAGAUCGCGGGAAGUUGGUACUUUGUUAACAGAAUGCAGUUGCAAAUCCCGAUGAGAUGGCGCUAAAAGCAGUUUACAUUGUGUGUUUACAAGUGGUGGCUGAAAAGUGAUGAAGCGAUUUAGUUUCCCCGGCUAAAAGUUGCAAUGUACUUAAUAUAUGCCGAAAUUUGACAGCAAAAAUGUCAUCCUCUCUCACUGCUGUGCCCGUGAACAGAUACGAAAGGUCAAUAGACGAUCUUCCUGAUGAAGUUUUGGAAUAUAUUCUUAGUCUUGUUCCCCCAUACAAAGACUUAGAAGAAUGUUCCGUUGUUUGUAGACGAUGGCAUAAAGCUGUAAAAAAUGUUAUUCGCCAUACACAGAAGAAGUUUAAUCGGUCUGUGACGGAGUUCCUCAUAGAAUGUGAAGAAUUAACUCCUGAGGCGUACACACCAUCUAUUACCAAAAGAUAUUCACAUUCUGCAUGCUUUUGUGGCAAUUCAAUGUAUGUGUUUGGCGGAUGUACUUCCACAAGCACAACUUUUAAUGACUUAUGGCGACUUGAUCUUGACAAACGGCAAUGGGUGAGGCCUCUAACUAUGGGGUCGUAUCCUUCACCUAAGGCAUGUGCUACAAUUGUUUGUUAUAAGGAUACCUUAAUCCUCUUUGGAGGCUGGACUCAUCCAUCUCCUUAUCCACUCCACCAGGGCUGGCGACUUUUCAAUGAGUUACACAUUUACUAUAUCAGCUGCAAUCGAUGGAGAGCCAUAAAUAGUACUACUGCACCACCUGCAAUGGCUGGUCACUCUGCUUCCGUCCUUGGUGAAACAAUGGUGGUUUUUGGUGGACUGCAAAAGACACAUUCAUUAGGACAAUAUGUGAGUUCAAAUGAUGUUUGGUGCUUUGAUAUGGAUGACAUGCUGUGGAGCAAAAAGGCAACUACGGAACUAAAACCGCAUGUUCGGUAUGGACAGUCACAACUGACUUUGGAUGACAGCAGCAUUUUAAUACUAGGUGGCUGCGGUGGUCCAAAUAUGGUUUUCAGCGAUGUCUGGCUGCUCACUGCCACUGAACCUGUGUGGACGUGGCUGGAGGUUCAAGUAGAAAAUCCUCAGUGGUCUGCCUCUCAUAUGUGGUGUCAUCCAGCCUGUAAGAUUGGCCAGCAAGUUGUGGUAUUCAGUAGAAAUCCUGUAUCUAAUGCACCUGCACCCCCAUAUUCACCGCAGUGGAAUAGGCCUUCAGUCUGCCGUGUCAACACUGUACAGCCUAUUCGUAGGAUGGAGGAUGGAACAGAAGUGCCAAGGAACACCGAAAAUACAUCGGAUAAAGAAUUUAAUGUCAAUGGCCGAAGAGGAAGUCUGACAACGAGACAAGCAAGUAACACACAACCAAGUGCAUCUACAAGCUCAAGCAGUGGUGAUGAAAGUGAUCCUGAAAGUCUUUGUCAACAAAGGCUAACUAGUGGUUCUCAGAGUGAUCUCAGUGCAAGUCAUUCCACUUCAAAGACAGUAAAAAAUUCUGAAGGAAAUAAUCAACAAAAAUUGAGAUUGGGGGCUUCCAAAAAGUAUGAGAAUCCUGAAAAUUUGUCAAUGGGGAUGCCAGUUUGCCGCGAGCCUGAAAAUUUAGAUUCUAAUAUGUGCCGAAGAAUUGGAAAUAUGGUAGCGUUUCGAGAUCAUGAUACAUCUAGAAGUAAUGUAAACACAAAUAGGCAAAGACAGUUAGAGUCAUUACGUCGAAUGGAAGAAAGACUACUUAGCUUGUCACGCAGAAGCAACAGUUCAUCCUCUGGCGCUGCGAAAGCUGAAGAGACAAGUAAAUCAACCGACACACCUGCAUUUGUAAGGAGAAGGCUUCCACCUUCAAAGUCAUCAAUGUCAAUGUAUGUUUUAGAUAUUUCAAAUGUCCUUUCACACUGUGUUGUGAGAUGGUUGCCUGUUAAGGAAAAUAGAGGGCCUGAAGAAAUGAUAUUGUAUACUUUAGUCGCAGGUAAAGGUGAACUCAUUAUGUUUGGUGGUAUUCAAAAAGAUGCAACUUCCAUUGCUGCUAGUGCCCAGCAGUCAUCUUAUGGAUCAAAUACAGUCUCAAAUUCUCUCUACUUCAUUACGUCACCAAAAGGAAUCAUUUAAUUCUAUUCAAAAUAAUAAGCGUACUCGGAAGACUGCAGGCAUGAAACACCUAUAUCUGUGUUAAGGGACUUAUUUAUUUUUAUGUUAUGUUUUGUUCCUUUUUUUUACCCUCCUAAAAAAUACUGCCAAUGGAAGAAAUUCCUUUCACAGUUUGUAAAUAUUGAAAAUUAUGGCACAGAAAAAGUUAAAAUUAAAUAAAGAAAUGAGUGUAAACAUUUGAUGUUAAGUCUAUGGAUAUUUUCGGACAUACAACUUGUGCAGCUGUACAACAAAUAAAGUACUGUCAUAAAAUAAUCUGAAUUAAUGAACUCAUAUAAUCUUAACGUAGUUACGGGGAUUCCGCCCCAAGAUCUUGCUUUUUGAAGGCUGAUGCAAAGACAGUAACCACUUUCAAGUUUUUGCUUCUACUUUUUUGGUGUCACAUUAUGAUACUUUUUAGAGCUUUGAUCUAAGAAGGUUUUUAAAUCUUUAAGCUCAAACUGUUCCAUCUUAUGAGCUUUAGUAUUGAUUAUUUGCCACAUACUGAAUCUGCAUUUCAAUAGGUGUGUGUGUGUGUGUGUGUGUGUGUUUUCCAAAUAGACAAGGUGGUGGGCCAGUACUUGCUUUCUGAAGGCAACAUUGGAUGUACUGCACUGUUUACAGAAACACUUAAAUGUAGAGUAUACUAUUCUUAGCCUUCCAAACUUGUACUCUCUUUUCUCAGGAAAGAAAGAAGCAUUGAUUGGUUAGGAGAAGAUUCGAAAGGAUGGGCAGUUCACUCAGAACAUAAAUUAAGAGGACACGCCUUUUGUGUGGAGCCAUUCACUCUCUUUGUAAUUUAACAUUUUUCUCAACUGAAUUUUUUCUUAUAUGUACGAAGAAUAGCAGGCUGGAAAUGAGCUGGCUGAAAAUUAGUGUAAUAGGUUGGCCACAUUAAUACAUGAUAUGAAAUUGUCUCUCUCUGUGAAACAAAUUAGUAAAUUAGUACUAGUGCAAUCUAUGGUGUUCCAUGAUUUUUACUUACAGCGCCUUAUUGACUGUUUUCCAAUUAGAGACCAAAUUAUAAUGCUUGUGGUGACUAUUUAAAUUUGAGUCAGCUUAAAGAAUAUCUUAUGUGUGACCUGUACAGUCAGCUGCUAUCAAUUCAGUGACAAUUGCUGAGAGUAUAAAGUGCCAAGUCAUAUACAGUAAAACUAUAUAUGUUAUUUUGCUUUAAUUUCAAUGCUUUCAAAUAACUAGUGUCAUAUAAUCUUAGUUGUUAUACAAUCAUAACUACGUUCAACACAUGUACAUUCUUAUAUAUGAAUUACAGUAUAAUGAUGUGAGGUUUCUCUAGAAUGACAAUAGUAUAAACAAAAAAACAGUGCCUGAUCAGGUAAAUAGAGAAGGUAUACCAGUGGCAAAUACAUGUGUAUUUGAAGUGGCAGUAAAUUUUUAUAGAUACACGGA